AAGUGGCGUUGGCCACCAGGAGCCAAUGGCAUAUCUGGGGAGGCGGAUUGACGCGUAAAAAGCAGGUACAAAACCUGAGCCCUCUGUAUCCAUCAAGUGACUCUCCAGACAAGACGUGUGUCAGUCUCAGCUCGCUCCCAUCCAUCAGCAAUCAUGCCUUCCAACACCGCCGCUAGUAUGUUUGGUGGAGCCGGAGGAAGAGGCGCCAGGGCGUCGGUAGCGAGCCUGGAGGGGCUGCGCAGUGUGCUCCGCAACGACACGGCCAAAGACGCCGCUCCGGCUCCUCAAACAGCCCCAGCGCCCGCUGCGUCCCAGGCGCCUGAGCCUCCCGCUGUGCCCGCGGACGACAAGAAGACACUGCGGGGUCUGAAUGACCGACUGUCCGGCUACCUGGGCAGAGUGAAGGACCUGCAGGAGGCAAACCGCGAUCUGAAGAAAGAGAUCGAUGACAUUUUGGCCAAGAGACAAGCACCUGAGAGUCGCAACUGGGAUGAAGUCCAGGAACCCCUGGACGAGUUGAAGAACAAGGUCAAAGACCUCACCCUAGACAACGCAAAGCUGCUACUUCAGAUGGACAACACCAAGCUGGCAAACGACGACUUCAAGUCAAAGCUGGAGGAUGAGACUGAUGCUCGGAAGGUGUUGGAAAAAGACCUGGAAGAUCUAAACAAAACCCUGGAAGAAUCCAAACUGAACCGUGACCAGACAGAGAAAGAGAUUGACUUGCUGAAGACUGAGAUUGACCGAGUGGAGCUUGAACACAAAAAUCAUGUGGAUGAUCUGCGUGAGAAGAUAAUGGCCUCCGAGGUGAAGGUGGAGAUCGAGUCCCAGAACUCCAACCUGGCUGACGUUGUCAACAACAUCCGCCAGCAGUACGACAAACUGGCUCAGAAGAGCCUGAAGGAGACGGAGGACUGGUACAAGAGCAAGUUUGACAACAUCAAAGUGGAGGAGGCCCAAAACACCCAGGCCUUGCAGUCUGGAAAGACUGAGCUCAAGACGCUGCUGAAAGAAAAGCAAGCUCUGGAGAUUCAAAUUCAGACCACAUAUAGCAUGAUCAACAGCCUGGAGCGGACCGCCGACCAGACCAGGGAUGAGUACAAUAUGCGUCUGAUGCCACUGUGCAAGGUGCUGGCUAACCUGGAGAACGAGUUGAAGGACAUUAGGUCGCAGGUGGAGCAUCAGGUGGAAACCAACAAGAACCUGCUGUGUGUCAAGAUGAAGCUGGAGGCUGAGAUCAAUAAGUAUCAGCAGCUGAUAUUUGGCAUGACCGCUGAAGCUGACAGCUUGGAGUUUGCUUUAGAGGAUGCAGUACAGGGAGAACAGCAGAUGCCUAACGCCGAGGUGCCCGAACAGCUGCAAGAAGUGAAAGAAGAAACUGCAGUGAAGCAAAAAAGUGCCCCCUCUAACCAAUCUACUGCCCCCAAAGCUCCUGAAGAGGCUUCUGCUGAAGUGGAGGAAGGACAAAUUAGCAAGGCAGAGUCCGAGGCUGUCAGCGAAGGAGCUGCUCCUGCCAAAAAGAAAAAAUCCAAAAAGUCCAAAGCUAAGAAGAAUUCAUCCUCAUCCUCAUCCUCAUCCUCCUCCUCCUCUUCUUCCUCUUCUUCAUCCUCUUCAUCUUCCUCCGACUCCGAGAAGGAAGAUGAAAAGGCCAAAAAUGAGGACGAAGUCGCUGAAGCUUGAUCUCGAAUGGCAAUAUUCCUGCUUUUGAUGAUUUUUUUUUCUGUUACUCUGACAUGUAUCACAUUUAAAUGGUUGUCGCGGUGUACGUUCUUUACUUUCUUGGGUGUCAGUGAAAUAAAUUGCUUGUGAAUCUGAACCUA